AUGAAAAAUGGCGCUCCCCGUGCGGACUAACUUGAGACAUGUCUUCAGAUUCAUUCAGAAGUUUAACUCUCCUAGAAGAUGUCUCUGCGCUGGAGCCGGUCCGGAAAACAAGGACCCUCCGGGAGGUGGGCGUGUAUUUUCUGGGAUCCAGCCGACUGGGGUGCCCCACCUGGGCAACUACCUGGGUGCCCUGGAGAACUGGGUGGCCCUGCAGAACCGGUAUCCAUCAGUGCUCUACAGCAUCGUGGACCUGCACUCCAUCACGCAGCCACAGGACCCGACCCAGCUGAGGACCAACAUCCUGGACAUGGCAGCCAGCCUGCUGGCCUGCGGCGUCGACCCAGAGAGAGCGAUACUCUUCCAGCAGUCUAAGGUGUCUGAGCACGCUGAGCUCUCCUGGAUCCUCGGCUGUCUGACCAGCAUGCCCCGCCUCCGACACCUGCCGCAGUGGAAGAUGAAGAGCAAACUGAAGAACGAAGGCAGUGUCGGUCUCUACACGUAUCCUGUCCUCCAGGCUGCUGAUAUCCUCCUUUACAAGGCCGCUCACGUCCCCGUUGGAGAGGAUCAGGUCCAGCAUCUCGAGCUGGCUCAGGACCUGGCUCGCAUCUUCAACAACAACUACGGAGACCUGUUCCCUGAACCCAGCGCCCUGCUGAGUUCUACACGAAAGGUCAAAUCCCUCCGUGACCCCUCUGCUAAAAUGUCCAAGUCCGACCCCCAAACAAUGGCGACGAUCACCGUCACAGAUCCUCCGGACGACAUCGCUCUCAAAAUCCGCCGCGCUGUCACCGACUUCACCUCUGAGGUCACCUUCGACCCGGAGACGCGUCCAGGUGUGUCCAACCUGGUGACAAUCCACGCCGCCAUGGCGACGAUCAGCGUGGAGGAGGCGGUGUCGCAGGCCAGAGGGUUGGACACGGGAGCCUAUAAGAAGCUCGUAACCGAGGCUGUGAUCCAGAGGUUGACGCCCAUCAGAGAGGAGAUCGAGAGGCUGAGGUCGGAGCGGGCUCACCUGGAGGCGGUGCUGGCCCGGGGGAACGGCAGGGCUCGGGAACUGGCUGCACCGGUCCUCGGAGAGGUCCGGCAGCGACUCGGGUUCUGCUGAGAGGCAGCUGGGCUGGAAAAUAAAGCCACAUUUAUACUGCAGGUCUCGCUCGGUACUUAACUGCUGCUGCUGCUGAUAUAAAAUUUUAUUCCGAUGACUGUUUACAUUUCCAGGAUAGUCGAGGAUGUAAUGCAUUUAUAACAAAACGUGUUGAAAGCGGCGUGGAAAAGACUCAACUGCAGACCAACGUCACGUUUAGACUAAAAACUCUCACUGAAAUGAAUGAGGAGGCGGCAGCAGAACCAGAAGAAAACAAGAAGAAAACAUGUCCCUGUUGUUUUUAUGUGUUCCACUCACUCUUUUUAAAGACAUUGCAACUUAUUUAUCUUCCUGUGUUUCCCCCCAAAAAACCACACAAACGAUCUUUUUGUUAUUUCCAACAUUUUGUCAUUUCAAAAUGAAAUAUUCUCAUUCAAACAUGUAACACGUCCUUAUUAAAUAUAACUUAUUUGAUUUGACUGUUGGAACACAAAUUGAAUUUAAAUCACAGGUGUUAAGAUCCGAUGUCCGUGGUUCUGUUCACACUGGCAGCUUAAUCAGAUUUCGUUGUAUCUAGAUUGGAAUCAGAUUAGAUUUAUGAAAUCUGGACUGACAAAGACAAAACACAGUUCAUCAAAAGUGCUUCACAAAGCUGAAAAAGCAAAAGAUCUGACAGUUAAAAGCUGCUGCAGAGGGUAAAAAUGCAUCACAAGUAUCAACCCGCAGGAGUUUAUUGAAUGUAAUAACUCAGUCAUGGCUUUGAAAAUCUGAUCUUCAGUGCAUAAAAAAAGGUAAGUUAUACUCUGAUCACUGUUUGUCUUUGUACUGAAGAUCAGUGAAGAGCAUCAGAACUAAAACCCACUAAUGAGCGGUGUCGUCUCAUUCUUGAUUGCUUGCAGAGCAGCAGACAACCCGUCAGCAUCA